UGGAAUGGAAACAAAAGAUGGCUGCUAUACAAAGAAUGGCUGUUGUUAUCUUUCAAUUGUUGUUUGUUGUCUUCAUGUCAGGUGUGAAUUCAGCAUCUGUGCUCACCAUCUCAGCUGGACUGGGAGAGAACGUCAGCUUGCCGUGUGUUAAUCCAGACCAAGGUUCCAUCCUUAGCCAGAUGCAAUGGCAGCGGCAGAUAAAAGAUGAAGAUAAGGAUAUUAUGAUCGUCUACCACCCACAACAUGGGCAAUGGACAUCACCAAAUCUUAGAGGAGGACUAAGCAUUGUUAAACACCUGAAUAAUAAGAUAGGGGAGUUCCGAUUGGACCUAUUGCAUCUGCAGACAAAUGACUCUGGUCUUUACAUCUGUGAAAUCACCAUAUAUCCAACGGGAACCAUCCAACGUCAUGUCAAAUUGGAAGUCAAAGGCAAGGAUGACCCAAAUACACCUUCACUGCCCCCUACAACAGACUCAAACGGUUCAAGCACAGCCCAGCCAACCACCAGUGUCGCUAUGACCACCACACUGGCCACAUCCACAGACACACCUAUGACCUCCUCCCUCUCCUCCUCUGAAGGGGAGGAGCUGAGGACCACCACUUCUCCUUCCUCCUCCUCCACCACCACCACCACACAAGAACAUCACAACACCACAUGGUCUUUGGGGUCACAUGGUGACAACGUCAAUGUCACACGCCACAUCCCUGUCACAGGACGGGCCACGGCGCAUGACCAGCAACAGAAUGUCAGUCUUGUUUAUCAAAACAACACAACUGCAAUGCCAACAACAUCAGGGGGAACGCACGAGGAAGCUGACAGGGCCAUCACACGUGUGUCACACGAAGACCCAACAUGGCGGAACAGUACAAGAAAUGCCACACAGGACGAGAGCUCAGUCACCCAGAAAACUCACACGCCUGUGGUCACUGCCACACCGUCACCCCAGCCUGAUAGAAGUCCAUCAGACGACACAACUGGCAGCAGCAGCCUCUACCUGGCCUGCAUCCUCUUGCCCCUGGUGGCCGUGGUGCUCAUCACUGCUGUCCUCUACCGCAGAUACAUCAUCAGGAAGAGAAUGGACCUUCCUCCCCCUUUCAAACCCCCUCCACCACCAGUCAAGUACACUUCAGUACAGCAGGACAUCAUGAGACAACGAGAGAUCCUGAUGACUGAUAUCCUGGUGUAGGAGAAGAUGAGA